AUGUCCGACAAUGAAGGAUCCCCAGCUGGCGAGAGACCCGAAGCCCCUGUUUCCGAGCACUUGAACAUCAAGGUUACCGAUAACAAUAAUGAAGUCUUCUUCAAGAUCAAGCGUUCCACUCAGUUGAAGAAGUUGAUGGAUGCUUUCUGCGAAAGACAAGGCAAAGCACCAAACUCCGUUCGCUUCCUCUUCGAUGGCAGCCGUGUUCAAGCUACAGACAGCCCAGAUAAGUUGGAUAUGCAAGAUGGUGACACUCUUGAAGUCCAUCAAGAGCAAAUUGGUGGCCAAUAA